CAACGUCAUCUGUCAUAAGUGAAAAUGAAGGUGACCAGUGGUUUGAGUAUCCCCAUUCUGCUGGCAAUCCUAGAUCAUCAACUUUCGCUAGCCUCUGGAAACGCUACGGUGGUGGUGACCCGUGAAAACCUGGACGGAAUUGUCGAAUCCAAUGAGUUGGUGUUGCUCAGUUUUUACACGGAUUGGUGUCGCUUUAGCCAAAUUCUUUACCCCAUUUUCGAGGAGGCGGCGGAGAGGGUUCACGAGAAAUUUCCCGAGAAGGGCCGUGUAGUCCUUGGAAAAAUAGACUGCGAUCGGGAGGAAAAACUGGCCGACACGUUCGAAAUAAUCAAGUAUCCCACCCUGAAGAUCAUUAGGAAUGGAUUCAUAAGCAACCAGGAGUAUCGUGGCCAGAGAUCUGUGGCUGCCUUCGUCCAGUUUGUGGAGAAGGAGCUAUCGGAUCCAAUCAAAGAGGUCCUCAGCGUUGAUGAGCUUAAAAACGCUGAAGUGGGCGAGGGCAUUGUAAUCGGUUACUUUAUUUCCAGGAAUCACAUCGAAUAUGAUAACUAUCGCAAAGUAGCGAGUCUGUUGCGAAAAGAUUGUAGGUAUCUCGUGGGCUUUGGUGAGUUGACUAAAGAUCUCCGUCCACCCGAAAAGAAUGUCCUCAUCUUUCGCGCUGACCCUUCGAUCUCUUUCCAAAUGGAGUACUACAGUGAGUACUCGGGCAACAUGACCAGCUUGAGAGAACUAACCAGCUGGGUCGAUAGGAAGUGUGUGCCGCGGGUGCGGGAAAUCACCUUUGAUAAUGCUGAAGAACUUGCGGAGCAGGGGUUGCCGUUCGUGUUACUGUUCUACAAUAAGCACGACAUGGGUCCCAUUCAGGAGUUUAAGAACGCUAUUCAGAACCAGCUACCGAACGAGACAAGGGUUAACUUCCUAAGCGCUGAAGGAUCUCGCUUUACGCACCCCCUUUAUCACUUGGGAAAGUCGUUGGGCGAUCUGCCCGUCAUCGCCAUCGAUUCCUUCGCGCACAUGUAUCUAUUUCCGCGCUACGAGGAUAUCCACCAGCCGGGCAUCUUAAAAAACUUUAUCGAUGACUUGUUCAGCGGCGCACUGCAUUUCAAUUACCACAUGGCCCUCGAGACGAUCGAAAACUCUGAGUCUUCAAUCGCUCCCGAAGAAUUUCCGCCGGUCGCCCACGAAUCCAAGUUCAAGGAGUUGAAGCCUUCCAAGCACCGCUACACUCUGAUAAAUCGUACGAGGGACGAGUUGUAGUAUCCAUGUUUUACUACAGAAUACAUUUUAUUGAUUAAGCUGAGGAAAAUUUUUUUAAUUAAAAGCAUUUGAUGUAUGUAAAGUGGGAUGUAUUAAAUGAAUAACAUACUAUUCCGUAAAA